AUGUCUUACGCAGAAGCUGCUGCCAAAGGUCCCAAGCAAUCCGCAGAGGAGGCUCGUGCCCCCAGCGUUGGUGGAGUGUACCGCGAUGAAGCCGAGAGCACCGCUUCCCUGGUCGACGUCGACUCGCCGCACGUCCAGGCCGUGGAUCCCGAUUUCCUGAAGCAGGACGUGCAGACCACCACCCAGGCCGAGCGGAUAGAGCGAGAAGAAGAGGAGCGGGAAGCCUACGAAGAACGGAGAGCCAAGAGCAAGGCUAAGGCUAAAGCUAAGGCGAAGGCUGAAUCGGCUCGCAGCAACGCGCAUAACCCUGUCUACCUCGGAAAUGCUGUGAUUCUGGCCUUGACUGGCGCUGGUCUGGGGUAUGGAGCAUACCGGAAACAUGCUGCUGGGCAGCUUUCUUGGGAAGUGAUUGGAUGGGCCUCUGGCGCUAUUGGUGCUUUUGGUGCCGUGGACUACUUUGUUAGCAAAUGGCUUCUGCAGAACAAGUAUCCUCCGAAAUAA